AUGGCGGCGAGACCGGUGCAUCAAUUUCUGCGACACCAUCUUCGAGUUCAGGAUGCGCCAGUCAUCUACAGUGAGCUGAACAGCUCGGCUGGAGAGGUGCGCGUACUGAAGCUCUCACCAGCGGACAAUUUUGGUGCGCCUAUCAAUUGCAACCUCGUCCACAUCCAGCUCCAAAGCGACCCAAUUGAAGAAUAUGAAGCCUUGUCGUAUGUAUGGGACGAGCCGCUAUUCAUCCACUCUAUUACGCUUAACGGCACGCCUCACCGAAUCACCAAAAACCUCGAGCUGGCAUUGCGCUAUCUCCGAUCAGCCAGAAAGGAACGCACACUGUGGGUUGAUGCGCUCUGCAUUAAUCAGAGGGACCUCUCGGAACGCAGCAAGCAGGCGCACCUCAUCAAGAAGAUUUACUCGCGCUCAAAAGUCGUUCUCGCUUGGCUGCCGACCUUGGACUCCGUCGCCACCAAUGACGACCUCGCUUGGUCUUCAGGUAAUCAUUUGAUCGUCAAAGAAUCCAAGUCCGACGUCAGGAUCAUGGGCGAAGCUAUGGAAUUGACGAGAAGGAUUUGCCUACACGACUAUGGGACCCUUGUUGGAAUGCAUGCCACUUUCCUCCGCGCUAGCGAAGAGUUUGAUGCUCAUGCGUCCCGUCGUGCAAGGGAGCCCGAGCCUGCGCAUGCAGAAUCUCGAUAUUUACCAAUUGGUGCCCCAUUUCUCCUCAACAGAGAGCAGUCGGAGCUCAUGCGCCGUCUAUUCAUCAAGCCUUCUUUUUGGAGACGCCUUUGGAUCAUGCAAGAAAUGGUAGUUGGCCAUCGGCUCGUGCUGGUUGCCGGAUAUCACGAGCUGAGCUGGCGUUUCAUCAAUCUCUUCCUCAAGGAUGUUUACUACUCAAACGCCUUUUACGCUUCCCCCGACGACGGUUACCUAACCAAACUGCUCAACUAUGUUUUUGCCACACCGCUAAAGAUUGAGCACUACCGCCAGAUCCAAGAGAGGUUGCCACGGCGGAAGGGCAAGCAACCGACUCUCCUAGACGUGCUUACGCGUUUCGCGGAAAGCAAGGCAUCAGACCCCAGGGACUACGUCCACGGUGUUCUCGGCCUGGUGAAUGAUAAGCUCCGCAUUCACGCGAACUAUUACGACUCGGCGGCAAGCUUGUUCACAGAGACCGCGCUUGCCAUCAUCAACAGCACAAACACUCUGGAUCUCAUUUGCCAGACAGCCUGGAGAUCGCGCCAUGACCCGGACGGAGCUCUGUUCGGUCCGGUGGCGUCUCAUCGCACUGGUGGCUUGCCCAAUUGGGUGCCCGAUUUCGCCAACAGCCUGGGGUACGAAAACCAUGAGGCGCUGCUCUUCGGCCGAAAUGAUAUAUUCGCGGCUUCAGAACCCAGCGAACACCCUUUUCAAAUUUUUCAUCUCAAAUACCUGGGAGUGAUGGCCACCAUCAUCGGCACAAUCUCUCGAGACGUCCUGAAGGAUAAGAACGACAUCAUGGGCAAAGGUUUAUGCUCCCAGGAAACCUAUCCCCGCGACGCCGCCAUGAAAUCCUGGAACGCUGAGUUGCGCCAAUGGCUCACGAUCGCUGGCCUCGACCUGGCGAAGCUCGAGCGCAGGGAGUUGUAUGUGCCGACGGGUGAGACCUUGGUCCGAGCCCUUUGGCGAACGCUGAUGACGGACUGUGUGGCGUAUCCCAUCAGGCGAACCGGUAAGGACAAGAGGCCGACAAUGGAUCGCAUCUUCAACGGAAUCUUGAGCGGCAACGAUUCUGUCAACCCGGAGAUGGGCUUCUGGUCCGAGAUCGAGCCCCCGAACCACGAGAUGAUCCGACGCAACAGCAGGCACUGGACUUUCGACGUCACCAAGAACGGAUUAUUCACCAUGAUGCAACAUGCUCAGCCGGGAGACGUCAUUGCAUGUGUGAGGGGAGCGAGAGUCCCGCUUAUACUACGCCCAAGGGGCAAACUUGACAAGCGAGACGUAUACACUUACGUGGGGACCGCCUAUGUCCAUGGGUUCAUGGAUGGCGAAGCUCAGAAGAGGGUGGAAGCACGUCGGCUCAAAGAGAAGGGAGUGCUCCUCAAUUAG